GGAUUCCGACGAGAAACCAUCUGUUGGAAGACAAUUCCGGCCGCUCUACGAUGUUCCAUUCAUGUUCCAAGCCAGAGAGUUCCUCAGGAAGAGGUUGAUUGGUAAGAAUGUCACGGUGACAGUGGAUUAUAUCCAACCUAAAUCCGAACAGUUCCCUGAGAAAACUUGCUGCACGGUAAAAGUUGGAGAGCUUAACAUCGCGGAAGCGUUGAUUCUCAAGGGACUGAGCAAGGUGGUACGACAUCGGUCAGACGACGAAAACAGAUCAUCUGAAUACGAUGCUCUAUUGGCCGCAGAAGCAAAUGCUGAGAAGAGCAAGAAGGGUUUGUUUGCGGACAAGAGUGCUGACAAGAAAGAUACUCUUCGUAUCCAAGAGCUUCAAGGAGAUCUGGCCAGAAGCAAACAAUUCCUACCGCAUGGCCAAUGCAGGCAAAAAAGUGGUUAUUCCACCGGGCCGUCGGAACCAUUCGCUGAUGAGGCGGCUGCUUUCACUCGUCGUCUAGUCCUUCAACAUGAAGUAGAAAUUGAAGUCGAAGGAUUGGACAAGAUGGGCAACUUCAUUGGAUAUCUAUUCCUCACUCCUGAAGGAGGAGGCAAACCACAGAACCUCUCUGAAGUGCUUCUGGAACAAGGUCUCGCAACGUUGCAUUUCACCGCCGAAAGAAGUGCUCACUACAAUCAGCUGGUUCUAGCGGAAGAGCGUGCUAAAACUGCAAAGAGAAACAUAUGGCAGAACUAUAAGGAAGAAGAGGUUGUUCCUGAUGAAGUGAUUACUCAGCAGAAUGAUACGGCAGAAAGACGUGUGCAAUACAAGAAGGUCGCCGUAACUGAUGUCUCAAAGGGUUCAUUGAACUUUGCGGCACAACUGGUUGAGGAUGGACCGAAGCUGGAGAAGAUGACGGCGGACUUCCGUGAAUACCUUCGUCAGCAUCCACCCAUGACUGGUGCAUUCAAUGCUAAGCGCGGUGACUUGUGUGCGGCACCGUUUUCCGUUGAUGGGUUAUGGUAUCGCGCUAAGGUUGAGAGCAUUCGCUCUGGCCAGGCUGAAGUUCUGUUUGUUGAUUACGGAAAUCGGGAAACAGUGGCAGCUUCCUCUUUGGCACAGCUUCCUCCAGGCUUCGCUUCGUUCCCACCUGGAGCGAAAGAGUAUGGAGUUGCCUUGGUGGCGAUUCCAAAUGAUAAGGAAUACGGAAUGCAAUGCGAAGAUGCACUCCAACAAUUGUUGUUCUCAGUCCCCACUGCCGAAAUCAAUGUUGAAUACAAAAUUGGGUCAACUGAAUACUGCCAGGUGAUGAUUGAGUGUGCUGGAAAGAAACUUGAUGUGGGUAAGACUCUAAUCGAAGAUGGUUUUGCGUUAGUCGAGAAGAGGAAGGAGAAGAGACUUCAAACGAUGCUGAGUGAGUACGAGCAGGCAGAACAAAAAGCACGCCGUGAACGCAGGAACAUUUGGGAGUUUGGAGAUUUCACUGGAAAUGACCUCUAA